UUAUAAAAACAAGUUUCUUCAAAUUUCGUUUUCCGGUGACAAAACAGAACAGGUGAAGCAACAAAUGGAAGCAAAGAAGGGUCAGAUGCCGCUAAGAGAAUUGAACAGAGCAAAAGGAGAUGCAAAUCCACAGCCAUAGAAACAGCAGCGCCGAUGAUGCAAGGAAUCCACCAUCAACAACAGCAACUCGCUGCACUCCUUUCCGUUGCCCUCCCCACCGACGACUCCGCUUCUUCCUCUUCUUCAGCAACCGCCUCCACCGCUACCGCCUUAACAGCUGCAGCCUCAACUGCAAAAACAACCAACUCUGAUGAUGAUGACUCGGCUCGACUCGCCGCCAUUAACUCGCUCCACCGCGCGAUUCUCUUCCCUCCUAACUCGCUCCUCAUUGCUCAUUCUGCUUCUUUCCUAUGUCAGGGUUUCUCUCAGCUCCUCUCUGAUAAGUCAUAUUCCGUGAGGCAGGCUGCAGCUACUGCAUAUGGGGCUCUUUGUGCUGUGCUGUGCUCAAUUCUUAUUGGAUCAAAUGGAAGGCAGAACCACGUUAUGCUUGGAAGCCUGGUUGAUAGGUUCAUUGGCUGGGCUUUGCCAUUGCUUAGCAAUGUCAAUGUCAGUGCUGGUGAUGGGACCACAGAACUGGCAGUGGAAGGCCUACGAGAGUUUCUUAGUGUUGGAGAUGUUGUGGGGAUUGAGAGAUAUGCUUCACCGAUCCUCAAAGCAUGCCAAGAACUUCUGGAGGAUGAGAGAACCUCCUUGAGUUUAUUGCACCGGCUUCUAGGUGUUAUAUCUUUGGUUUCUUUGAAGUUCUCCAGAAUUUUCCAACCUCAUUUUCUUGAUAUUGUAGAUGUGCUUCUUGGCUGGGUAUUGAUUCCGGAUCUUGCAGAAUCAGAUAGGCGAAGUAUCUUGGAUAGUUUCCUGCAAUUCCAGAAACAUUGGGUGGGAAAUUUGCAAUUCUCUCUGGGAUUGUUGUCAAAGUUCUUGGGUGACAUGGAUGUAUUACUGCAGGAUGGCAGUCAUGGAACCCUGCCCCAAUUUCGAAGAUUGCUUGCAUUGCUUUCUUGUUUUUCAACAGUGUUGCAGUCCACUGCUUCCGGAUUGCUGGAAAUGAAUUUACUUGAACAAAUUAGUGAAUCUCUCAGCAAAAUGCUUCCUCGGUUGUUGGGAUGCUUAUCUUUGGUCGGAAAGAAGUUUGGGUGGUCAAAAUGGAUUGGGGACUCAUGGAAGUGUUUGACUCUAUUGGCAGAAAUAUUAUGUGAAAGAUUUUCUACUUUCUAUCCUUUGGCAGUUGAUAUAUUGUUUCAAAGCCUGGAAAUGAGUAGCACCACCCAGAUUCGAGCUGACAAGAUUACCUCCUUUCAAGUUCAUGGUGUUUUAAAGACUAACCUUCAGUUAUUAUCUCUGCAAAAACUUGGCCUCCUUCCAUCAUCAGUGCAGAAAAUAAUCCAGUUUGAUGCACCAAUAUCUCAGCAGCGUUUGCAUCCGAAUCAUUUGGUGGCUGGAAGCUCUGCUGCAACUUAUGUUUUCUUGCUCCAGCACGGGAAUGAUGAAGUUGUUCAACAGGCAAUGACAAUGUUGAUUGAAGAGCUGGAUCUGUUGAAGGACAUGUUAAAAAGAAUUUCGGAUAUUGGGGAUGAGGUUAAGGGUGUUGCAGGUUCUAAAUCCUAUUCAAGAGUUGAGUUGUGUGCUUUUAUGAAAUUUGAUUUGAAAGUUCUAUUAACUUGUGUUUCCUUGGGUGGGAUAAACAAUUUGAUAAGUCAACCAGACAUGGGUGCUAUUUAUCUGAGGAGGUCGGAAAGGUUGACAUCUUAUAUUGCUGAAAAAUUGGAUCCUUUUGAUAUACCAGUUCAGGCCUAUGUGGAGUUGCAAGUCAAUGUUAUCAAAACAAUGGACAGGCUAAGUGCAGUUGAGUUCUUGAGCAAGUGCUGCAUAAGAAAUCAGACUAGCAAGAAAGCUUCUGUAGAUGUUGAUGUUGAAAAAGCUCAUGACAGUUUCAGGGUUGUAUGUUCUAAAGUUAUUAUGGAGCAUCUGAGAAAAUACACUGUGAUACUUGUCAAAGCUCUACAUUUUCUUUCUCCGCUUGCAGUUAAGGUAGUAGCCUUGGAAUGGAUCCAAAGAUUCUCCGAGAAUCUUAUUCUUAUUUAUGAGAAUUCAAAUGUGAAUAGUUUUUUUAAUUCAUCAUUUGGAUACAUUGGAUCUAUUGGAAGUAUUCUUUUCUCAGUACUUGAUGCUGCAGUUGACAGGGAACCAAAGGUGAGGUUAUCUGGGGCUUCAGUUUUGGAGCUUCUUUUGCAAGGCAGGCUUGUAGAUCCCAUGUUUUUUUAUCCCAUAGCUGGAGUUGUCUUAGAAAAACUUGGUGAUCCGGAUGCUGAAGUAAAAAAUGCAUUUGUUAGACUGCUUUCCCAUGUCAUACCUAUGACAAUUUAUGUGUGUGGUUUACAUGAUCAUGGAACAUUGAUAAAAUCCAGGCCCAAUGCACUUACCCUUGGUAACAGUUCUAAUUUGCACUGGAAGCAAGUAUUUUCCCUGAAACAGCUGCGAAAGCAACUUCAUUCACAGCAACUUGUUUCCAUUUUGAGUUAUAUAUCCCAAAGAUGGAAAGUCCCGCUUUCUUCUUGGAUCCAACGGCUCAUUCAUAGCCGUCAAAGUCCAAGGGACCUUGUUCUAGGUCAACCUGAGGAAACACAAAAAUUUGGUACCAAUGUUUUAUGGUUGGACAUAAAAGUGGAUGAAGAUAUUCUGGAAAGAAUUUGCUCUGUUAAUAAUUUGGCUGGUGCUUGGUGGGCUAUCCAUGAAGCAGCUAGAUAUUGUAUUACAACACGGCUCCGAACUAACCUCGGUGGGCCCACCCAAACGUUUGCAGCUUUUGAAGGAAUGCUUGUGGAAAUUGCACAUGUAUUACAGCUUGAAAUUGAGCAAAAUGAUGGAAAUCUGAGUAUAAUAGGAUCUUCUGGUGCUCAUUUGCUACCAAUGAGGUUGCUACUGGAUUUUGUUGAGGCCCUAAAGAAGAAUGUAUACAAUGCAUAUGAAGGGUCUGCUACUUUACCAUCUUCUUCACGCCAGAGUACCUUGUUCUUUCGUUCAAACAGGAAGGUCUGUGAGGAGUGGUUUUCUCGUAUAUGUGAGCCAAUGAUGAAUGCCGGAUUAGCACUACAAUGUCAUGAUGCUACAAUUCAAUAUUGUAGUGUGCGUUUGCAGGAGCUAAAGAAUCUUUGGGCUUCAUCUUUGAAGGACAAAUCUAGACCACAGAUGUCUGAGAAUCUUCAUAAGACCAGGGAUAAAUUUUCUGGAGACAUUUUGAGAGUUCUACGACACAUGGCAUUAGCUCUGUGUAAGAAUCAUGAACCAGAGGCAUUGGUUGGUUUACGACAAUGGGCUUCAAUGACAUUUUCUUCGUUGCUAGUGGAUGAGAACCAAUCCUUGAGUCAUAGUGGAAUAUUGGGUCCUUUUGCCUGGAUCACUGGUCUGGUAUAUCAGUCAGAAGGCCAGUAUGAAAUAGCUGCUGCUCACUUCACUCACUUAUUACAAAAUGAGGAGUCACUCAGCUCUAUGGGUUCUGAUGGUGUGCAGUUUGCUAUUUCACGUGUUAUUGAGAGUUAUACUGCUGUAUCGGAUUGGAGAUCUCUAGAAUCUUGGUUAAUAGAGUUGCAAACUCUUCGUUCUAAACAUGCUGGAAGGAGUUAUUCUGGUGCUUUAACUACAGCUGGCAAUGAAAUCAAUGCAAUUCAUGCAUUGGCACGCUUUGACGAGGGUGAUUAUCAGGCAGCUUGGGCUUUCCUUGAUUUGACUCCUAAAAGCAGCUCUGAACUCACACUUGAUCCUAAACUGGCCUUGCAGAGAAGUGAACAGAUGCUUUUACAGGCAAUGCUGCUUCAUCUUGAGGGGAAGGCAGAUAAGGUGCCACAUGAAAUACACAAAGCCAAGUCCAUGCUGGAGGAAAUAUUGUCUGUUUUGCCACUUGAUUCUUUAACAGAAGCAGUGCCUCUUGCUACUCAAUUACACUGCAUCUCUGUCUUUGAAGAAUGUCACAAGCUUAAGGGCAAUCUUGUGAAACCUAAGCAACAGCAAUCAAUAUUAAGUUCUUAUGUUGAGUCGAUGCAAUCUGUUAUGAAUAGAGUUCACCAAGACUGUAAUCCAUGGUUAAAAGUUCUUCGGGUUUAUCAAAUCAAUUUUCCAGCUUCUCCAUUCACUUUAAAGCUCUGCAUGAAUUUAUCAAGUUUAGCUCGUAAACAGGGAAACCUAAUGUUGGCAAGUCGUUUAAACAACUAUCUCAGAGGUCAUGUAUUGGGUUCCUUUGAGCGAAGACAUGGUGAUUUCUUAUUGUCAAAUUUGCAAUAUGAGGAGUUCCUGCUCAUGUAUGCGGAGAACAAGUUUGAAGAUGCUUUUGCAAAUAUUUGGUCAUUCAUCUCUUCUUGCAUGGUUUCCCCUGCAUCCAUAGUUUCUGAUUCAGAUGAUAAUAUUUUGAAGGCCAAAGCAUGCUUGAAACUGGCAGAUUGGUUGAGAAGGGAUUAUCAGGAUCUGGAUUUGGAAAAUAUUGUCCACAAGAUGCAAGUGGAUUUUAAUGUUGAUGAUAAAUCUUUGAUCAGCAGAGAUGGUCCAUAUUUCAAUGAUGAGAACUUCAAUUCUAAAUCGAGUCUGGGGAUUAUUGUUGAGGAAAUUGUAGGCACUGCUACAAAAUUGUCAACACAACUUUGCUCCAGAAUGGGAAAAUCAUGGAUUUCUUAUGCAUCUUGGUGUUUCAGUCAGGCUAGAGAUUCUCUCUUUACUCCAGGUGAAAAUGUGCUCCGCUCAUACUCUUUCUCUUCUCUACUUCUUCCAGAAGUUCUGUCUGAAAGAUUUAAGUUGACUGAAGAUGAGAGAACCCAAGUGCAGUAUGUGGUGUUGAAUCUUUUUCAGAAGGAGGGAGAUCCUUUCAAUGGUGGGGGAGGAGAGAGGAAACUUUGGCUUAAUUCUAUGCAACAUUUAAGAAAUAAUAACCCCUUGGAGAUUGUGGUAGAUGAAGCAGUGGAUAUAAUUGAAGCUGCUGCUGGGGCACCUGGUGCAGAAAAAUCCAAUGGUGAGUCUCUUUCUGUUGCUCUAGCAUCUCAGCUGCAAACCUUCCUAUGUGCAAAAGCUAGCCUCCAAGAAACAGAUAUCUCCUCCGCUGUUGAUGAGUUGGUUACUAUUUGGUGGUCUUUGAGGAGAAGACGAGUGUCCCUCUUUGGGUAUGCAGCUCAUGGUUUCAUGCAAUACUUGACAUAUUCAUCUUUAAGGUUCUCUGAUUGUCAGUUGCCUGGCUCUUGGUGUGAUUCGCUGAAACAAAACACUGGCAGCUACAUUUUGAGGGCUACAUUGUAUGUGCUACACAUCUUCCUCAAUUAUGGAGUUGAGUUGAAAGAUACAAUCGAACCUGCUCUUUCAACAAUUCCCUUGUUUCCUUGGCAGGAAGUCACUCCUCAGUUGUUUGCUCGUUUAAGUUCUCACCCUGAGCCACUUGUUCGUAAGCAAUUGGAGGGCUUGCUAAUGAUGCUGGCUAAGCAAUCUCCUUGGUCCAUAGUGUACCCAACACUAGUUGAUGUAAAUGCUAAUGAUGAUAAGCCUUCAGAAGAGCUUCAACACAUUCUUGGUUGCUUGAAAGAGUUGUACCCAAGAUUAGUUCAGGAUGUCCAACUAAUGAUAAAUGAACUGGGAAAUGUUACUGUUCUUUGGGAGGAACUGUGGCUCAGCACACUUCAAGAUCUUCAUGCGGAUGUUAUGAGACGCAUAAAUGUGCUGAAAGGGGAAGCUACACGAAUUGCAGAGAAUGCCACUCUAAGUCAGAGUGAGAAGAAUAAGAUAAAUGCUGCUAAAUACUCAGCCAUGAUGGCACCCAUUGUGGUUGCUUUAGAACGCCGUCUGGCUUCAACUUCUCGAAGACCUGAAACUCCUCAUGAAGUAUGGUUCCACGAGGAAUACAGAGAAAAAUUAAAGUCAGCCAUUUUGGCAUUUAAGACUCCUCCAGCUUCAGCUGCUGCACUUGGAGAAAUGUGGCGACCAUUUGAUGAUAUUGCUGCAUCAUUAGCUUCCUAUCAGAGGAAGUCGUCAAUAUUAUUAGGGGAAGUUGCGCCCCAGCUGGCCUCAUUGUCAUCUUCUGAUGUUCCAAUGCCUGGUCUUGAGAUGCAAGUCACAGUUGCUGAAUCUGACAGAGAUUUGACUACAACUCUUCAGGGAAUGGUUGCAAUUGCUUCUUUUUCUGAGCAAGUGACUAUUUUGUCAACCAAGACAAAACCUAAGAAGCUUGUUAUACAUGGUUCAGAUGGUCAAAAGUACACUUAUCUAUUGAAAGGGCGAGAAGAUUUGCGACUUGAUGCCAGAAUCAUGCAGCUUCUGCAAGCUAUUAAUGGUAUAAUGCAUUCAUCAUCUGCAGCUCGUAAGCAUUUGCUGGCUAUACGGUAUUAUUCUGUGACUCCAAUCAGUGGUCAGGCAGGUCUUAUCCAGUGGGUGGACAAUGUUAUAAGCAUAUACAGUGUCUUUAAGUCCUGGCAAAACCGCCUGCAGCUAGCCCAAUUCUCAGCAAUGGGUCCAGGCACUGCAAAAAAUUCUGUUCCUCCGCCUGUUCCUCGACCAAGUGAUAUGUUCUAUGGUAAAAUUAUACCUGCACUUAAAGAGAAAGGCAUAAGGAGGGUAAUUUCACGAAGAGACUGGCCUCAUGACGUCAAGCGUAAAGUUCUUCUGGAUUUAAUGAAGGAGGUUCCUAGACAGCUGCUACACCAAGAACUUUGGUGUGCUAGUGAAGGGUUCAAAGCCUUCAGCUUAAAAUUGAGGAGGUAUUCUGGGAGUGUUGCAGCCAUGAGUAUUGUGGGCCACAUUCUUGGUCUAGGAGAUAGACAUUUGGAUAACAUUCUGGUGGAUUUUUGCAGUGGGGAUAUUGUGCAUAUUGAUUACAAUAUUUGCUUUGAUAAGGGGCAAAGACUAAAGAUUCCCGAAAUUGUUCCAUUCCGUCUGACUCAGAUGAUUGAAGCUGCUUUAGGAUUGACUGGAGUAGAGGGUACCUUCAGAGCAAACUGUGAGGCAGUUGUUGACGUUCUAAGGAAAAAUAAGGACAUAAUCUUGAUGUUACUGGAGGUCUUCGUUUGGGAUCCACUUGUGGAAUGGACCCGAGGCGAUUUUCACGAUGAUGCAGCAAUUGGCGGUGAAGAAAGAAAGGGCAUGGAGUUGGCAGUUAGCUUGAGUUUAUUUGCAUCUCGGGUGCAAGAAAUCCGUGUUCCCUUGCAGGAACAUCAUGAUCUCUUACUGGCUACCUUACCUGCUGUUGAAUCUGCCCUUGAGAGGUUUUCUGAUGUUCUAGACCAAUACGAGCUUGCCUCGGCUCUUUUCUAUCGAGCUGACCAAGAGAGAUCCAGUCUUAUCCUUCACGAGACAUCUGUGAAGUCAAUUGUGGCUGAAGCAACUUGUAAUUCAGAGAAAACCCGUGCAUCAUUUGAAAUUCAGGCUCGAGAAUUUGCUCAGGCAAAGGCUCUGGUAGUUGAGAAGGCUCAAGAAGCUACAACAUGGAUGGAACAGCAUGGGAGGAUACUUGAUGCUUUACGGAGCAAUUUACUUCCAGAAGUAAAUACUUGCCUAAAGCUGACUAGUAUGAUUGAUGCCUUGUCUCUUACAUCAGCUGUUCAGGUCGCAGGAGUUCCUUUGACCAUAGUUCCUGAGCCCACACAAGCACAAUGCCAGGACAUAGAUAGGGAAGUUUCUCAACUCAUAUCUGAGCUGGAUCAAGGACUCUCAUCUGCCCUAGCUGGAAUUCAAGUGUAUUCUGUGUGUUUACGAAGAAUCCUGCCUCUAAACUACUUUACAACUAGUGCAGUACAUGGCUGGACACAAGUAUUGCAACUGUCUGCAAAUGCCCUAUCCUCUGAUGUUCUCUCUCUUGCUAGAAGACAGGCUGCUGAGCUUAUUUCCAAAGUACAAGGAGAUAAUCUUGAUUCUGUCAAACAUAGUCAUGGUGAUCUUAGUCUUAAACUGGAGAAAUAUGCAAUUGAGAUGGAGAAAGUUGAAGCAGAGAGUGCUGAGCUGGAGAGUUCUAUAGGCUUGGAGACUGAAUCAAAAGUUAAGGACCGUCUUCUGUCUGCUUUUGUUAAAUACAUGCAGUCUUCUGGGCUUGUAAAGAAAGAAGACGCUGGUUCUUUUAACCAAUCAGGACAAUUAAAACAUGAUAUGACCAGGGAUGCUAAGUUGUCAGGGGAGCAAGAAGACAAGAAGGAGAAGGUGCUAUCUGUUUUAAAUGUAGCUGUAAGUUCCUUGUACAAUGAGGUUAGGCAUAGGGUUCUAGACAUAUUUAGUAAUUCUGCUGGAGGAAGAAUUGAAAGUGAUAGGUUUGGUACUAGUUUCUCGGAGUUUGAAGAGCAAGUAGAGAAGUGCAUACUUGUAGUUGGGUUUGUUGGUGAGCUGCAGCAAUUUAUUGGCUGGGACGUAGCCAGUGUGGAUACUGAAAUAGGCCACACCAAAAAUUAUCCUGAAAAAAACUGGGCCUCCAUAUUUAAGACCUUUUUGCUUUCCUGCAAGAGUUUAAUUGGGCAAAUGACUGAAGUUGUUCUACUGGAUGUGAUGAGAUCUGCUGUUUCAUUGAAUUCAGAAAUUAUGGAUGCAUUUGGAUUGAUCUCACAAAUCCGGGGGUCCAUUGACACAGCAUUGGAGCAGCUAUUGGAGGUUGAAUUGGAGAGGGCAUCCUUGGUUGAACUUGAAAAGAACUACUUUGUUAAGGUUGGUCUCAUCACAGAGCAACAGUUGGCUCUCGAGGAAGCUGCAAUGAAAGGUAGGGAUCAUCUCUCUUGGGAAGAGGCAGAAGAGCUUGCCUCCCAAGAAGAAGCUUGUAGGGCGCAGCUGGACCAACUCCAUCAAACAUGGAAUGAGAGGGAGAUGCGUACAUCUUCUCUCAUAAAGAGAGAAGCAGAGAUUAAAAACGUCCUGAUUUCUUCUGAAUGCCAUUUUCAAUCAUUGAUUAGUACCGAAGAGACAGGAGAGUCACAUGUAUUAGGAAGUAAAGCGCUGUUGUCUUUACUAGUUAGGCCCUUCUCUGAAUUGGAAUCUCUGGAUAAAUCAUUGACAAAUUUUGGUGGUUCUAUUACUUCUCGUUCAAAUGAGUUUUCUAAUUUAGCAGAUAUUGCAAGUUCAGGAUACUCGGUAUCUGAAUAUAUCUGGAAAUUUGGUGGCAUAUUGAACAGCCAAUCAUUUUUUAUUUGGAAAGUAUGUGUUGUGGAUUCUUUUCUUGAUUCAUGCAUACAUGAUGUUGCUUCAUCUGUGGACCAAAAUUUAGGAUUUGACCAGCUCUUCAAUGUUGUAAAGAAAAAGCUUGGAGCUCAACUUCAAGGGCAUAUUGGUCGUUACCUGAAGGAACGAGUUGCUUCUACUUUCUUAGCUUGGUUGGACAGAGAAAAUGAGCAUUUGAAGCUAUUGACAGAGACAACAAAGGAACUUUCUAUGGACCAACUGAAAAAAGAUGUCGGAGCUGUCAGGAAGGUCCAGCUCAUGCUUGAGGAGUACUGCAAUGCUCAUGAAACUGCAAGAGCAGUGAGAUCAGCAGCUUCCAUCAUGAAAAAACAGGUAAAUGAACUCAAAGAGGCUCUUCACAAGACUGGCCUAGAGAUUGUCCAAUUAGAAUGGAUGCAUGAUGCAUUAAUCCCUUCACAGAAGAGUAGGGCCACAUUUCAAAAGUUUCUUGCUAUCGAGGAUAAACUAUAUCCUAUCAUCUUAAACCUCAGCAGAUCUAACUUGCUGGAAGGUAUACAAUCUGCUGUAAAAAAAAUGGCUAGGUCUAUGGAUUGUUUGCAAGCUUGUGAAAGAAAUUCCAUUGUGGCAGAAGGGCAGCUUGAGAGAGCAAUGGGAUGGGCUUGUGGUGGUCCAACUUCAAGCAUGACUGGAAAUCUGUCUAAUAAAACUUCAGGAAUUCCUCCUGAGUUUCAUGACCAUCUGAUGAGGCGACAAAAAUUGCUAUGGGAAGCUAGAGAAAAGGCAUCAGAUAUUGUCAAAAUUUGCAUGUCAAUAUUAGAAUUUGAAGCAUCAAGAGAUGGGGUCUUUCAAAUCGCUGGAGAGAUUUAUCCUAUGAUGACUGGAGGUGAUAGCAGGACCUGGCAGCAAGCUUACCUGAAUGCAUUAACAAAAUUGGAGGUUACAUACCAUUCUUUUACACGCACUGAGCAAGAAUGGAAGCUUGCGCAAAGCAGUAUGGAAGCUGCAUCCAGUGGCUUGUAUUCUGCAACUAACGAACUAUGCAUUGCAUCUCUUAAAGCAAAGUCAGCUUCAGGUGAUUUGCAGAGCACUGUUCUUGCAAUGAGGGAUUGUGCAUAUGAAGCUAGUGUUGCUCUAUCUGCUUUUGGCCGUGUAUCAACGGGCCAAACUGCUUUGACUUCUGAAUCUGGCACCAUGCUUGAUGAGGUCCUCGCAAUAACUGAAGACCUGCAUGAUGUUCAUUCAUUGGGAAAGGAGGCUGCUGCAGUACACCAUUCUCUUAUGGAGGAUCUUUCAAAGGCAAAUGCAGUCCUUCUUCCACUUGAAUCAGUAUUGUCUAAGGAUGUGACUGCCAUGACAGAUGCAAUGACUAGGGAAAGAGAGACCAAGAUGGAAGUAUCUCCAAUUCAUGGACAAGCCAUAUACCAAUCUUAUCGUUUGCGAAUUAGGGAGGCUAUUCAGAUAUUUAAGCCUCUGGUACCAUCAUUGACAUUUUCUGUGAAGGGACUAUAUUUGAUACUGAUGAAGCUUGCACGAACUGCAAGUCUUCAUGCCGGCAAUCUCCAUAAAGCUCUUGAAGGACUAGCUGAAAGCCAGGAUUUAAAAUCACAGGGAAUUAAUUUGUCAAGGGAAGAUCUUGACAGUGGUCCUAAUGAAUUUAAUGAAAAGGGAAGUGAUAGACUCUCUACUUCUGAUGGUGGAAGCACUAAAGAUUUCCAUAGUGAUACUGGACUCUCUUUGCAAGAUAAAGGAUGGAUUUCUCCACCAGAUAGCAUAUGCAGUGGCAGCUCAGAAUCUGGAAUUACCUCUACUGAAGCAAGUAUUUUGGAUGGCUCCAGUGAUCUGGCUGAAAUAAUAGGACAAUGUUCAAAUAGGUCUAGUAGCAGGGUUGUGACGGACUAUCUUAAUUCUGCUCCAUCAUCUCAAAAUCAUUACCAGGAACUUUCGCAAUCUGGUCAGUCAGUAUCCAAAUGCGAGGAGGUCAACAAUAGUGAUAAUGGUUCUGUUAUAGAAGUUAGUGAGUUAACUGAAUGCCAGAAAUCUGUGGCAUUACCAAGUGGUGAAGAAGUAACUGAUAAUGUUGCUUCUUUGCGACCUCUGAAUGAGGACAACUCCAAACUGAAAUUUGAUGGUAAAGAUGAUGGCUUGUCAUCAUUAAGCAAAGUUAAGAUGGAAGAUGAAAAUCUUGAAGCUCCUCAUCCUAAUUCUUACACUGGUAAUCGAGUGGCCAGAGGUAAAAAUGCAUAUGCUAUGUCAGUGCUAAGGCGAGUUGAAAUGAAAAUAGAUGGUCGAGAUGUUGCUGAAAACAGGGAAAUUAGUGUUGCAGAGCAAGUAGAUUAUCUAAUUAAGCAAGCAAUGAGUGUAGAUAAUCUUUGCAACAUGUAUGAAGGUUGGACACCUUGGAUUUGAACUUGUGAAGUCUGUGCUUUCUGAUCCUGAAUUCUGUGCAAAAAUGUCCGAGCUUGGAGCAUGCUGCAACACAUAUGACGAGGAAUGAUUAGACUCUGGUCUAGAACAUUUUCCUAUCAAGCUUCUGGACGUAUUGCCUGAUAGCCCCAUCCAUCUGGUUUCAUGACGAAGAGAUUCUAUAGCUGUCUUUUUUGAGAAAUUGCAGUCAAUUAGUCAUGAGGAGCUCUUCAAGAGGUGCUAUCCUAGUGUUCUGGAUUCGAACAAUGCCUUCCCUGACUAGGACUCGGAGAUUCUGUUGCACAGGGCAUACACCAAGUCUGCAUGAGGUGUUUCAUCUUAACCAUGCAGCAGCUUGUGCAUUAUAGGCAGGCAACUUACCGGACUUUCAAAUUCAACGACCUUCAUUUUACCCUGUGAAGAUGUGACAAUCUGGCCAUCUGUUUCCAAGAUGAGUUUUCGACGUUGAUGGCAACAAGUGAAUACAGAAUUACAUGCAUUCAAGAGGAAUAUCAGUUGUAAUUCAUUCUUGGACUCGGUGCAGCUGUCAGAUUAAUCGGCAUUGAAGUAAUGCUUCCACUGAGGCAGUCAUCAUGCAACUCAAGACCUCCAACAUCCCAAUUGUAUUGGGUGUUCACCAAUGGAUCUGCGUACCAUAUUUAUUCUUGUUUCUGAUUCAUGCUGUUGUAUGACAACCCUAGCUUUUAGCCCUUACCAAUGUGGAGUUAUCUUUAAUUGUCUUUUUUUUUCUCCCCCAUUAUUUCAUUUGCUUUCGGCUCUC